GCGACAGCAAGGGAGGCUGCGGCUGCGGAGGCGGCAGCUGCAGACCGAGGUAGCGGCUGUGGACGGAGGUGGCAGUGGCGGCGGCAGCGGCGGCGGAUCAUUUGCAGUGACCCAGACAGACUCGCAGCUCGGAUAACCCGCAGUCCGUGUAGUCCGUAAGGCAGUUGGACUUCCAGGCAUUCUUGAACAUGUCGGCAUCGAUCACCGAAUGUCUAGAGCUUCAGCUGCUAGAGAUAGAAAUGUUGUUUUCAAUGUUUCCGAACAAAGGAGAAGUCUGUCUCGAGGAUCCCAAUUCCUUAAGGCGAGUGAGGUCCUACUUGAAAAAUCCCAGUGGACCCCUGCCCCCCAGAAUUGGGUUUGUAAUUAUGGUCUAUCCGGACUACCAGGGGGACGUGGAAUUGCAGGUCGCCUUUCCUCACAACUAUCCAAAUGCUAAACUGCAGCUCUUUGGGCGGUCGUAUUCCCUUGACAGACAACAGCAGUUGCUGCUCAAUCAAGAUCUUACUGCUUACAUCGAAACCUUUGACCCUGGUGAGCUGUGCGUGUGCGCAGCAAUUCAGUGGCUACGGGACAAUAGUGUGCCCUAUUUCCGGAAGAGUAAGCUCUUCUCGGAACCUGUUGCAAAGUCAAAGAUUGUGAAGUUUGUAUUUCAGCGAAUGUGGAUCUACAGCCACCAGAUAUGUCGUCCAGAACUGAGAAAGAGGAUUUUGGAAUGUGCAAAACGACUAAGUCUGACUGGAUUUUGUCUGACAGGGAAGCCAGGUGUAAUUUGUGUGGAGGGCAAAAAAGAGCCAUGUGAGGAAUUCUGGCACACAAUCAGGUAUCCCAAUUGGAAGCAUAUUUCUUGCAAGCAUGCUGAGACUGUGCAAAUAGAAGGUAAUGAGGAUGAGUUGCACCUCUUUAAGACUUUUGAAGAAUUGCAGUUUGAGUCCAGUGGUAAUCAUAGUUACAGGCAUGAUUACCACAUGGAUCUGGGCAAGUUCUUGGAAUUCCUCAAAAAACAUCAGAGUGGACAUAUUUUUCAGAUACUGUUUGGCAUUGAAACCAAACAACAGGAAAACUAAAAAUAUGUUCACAGAGCAGCAUUUCUAAUUUUUCAAGUUAUUUCCACUAAGAAUAAAAACGAGUUUAAGUGGAAUUCAUUUUAUGUGUUAGCUGCUGCAGUAAUAAAAGCAAGUUAUUUGUUUUUUUCAUCCUUUUUUUUUUUGAGGGGGUAGAAAAGGAGGUAUGCAGUGUAGACCUGUUAUUUUUAUUAAGGAACUCUUAACGCAGCAAGUUCCUCCACAGAUACAGGUCAACAACUCAUCUGACAUUUAAUCUGAGAGGUUAUAGAACUUGCUCAUGAUCAAAAAAGCUAGUAUAUUCAUGAGACAGAAUUGAAUACUGGUCUUCCAGACUUCAAGGCCAGCCCUCUAACUAUUAGGCAGUGCUGCCUCUUAGAAAAAGUCAGCAUUAUUUAAAGGAUUGGUGACUUUCUGCCUCCUCAUACAUUUCUAGCACUAGGUUGCUUUGCUUACUGAGUACUGGGUCAUUACACACCCUCUGUAGCCUUGUUUGAUGUUCCCUUUGUAUCUGAUGUAGCACCAAACACAGUUUAUGCUAGGCGCAAUGUAGAUAUGUAGAAAUAUGUGUUAGUUGAUUCGUAUGAAUGCCAUUGUGCACCCAUGGAGACUCUAGGUCACUAGGACCGUUGUAAAUACUCAGUUUGGGAUUGUUAACAGCUUUAGGAAAUCACAACCAUCCCAGGGAAUUUGCUGCGCUCUAACCAACUGCCAGGUGGGGAAAGAACUGGGGUUCUUCAACUUUUGCAGGAGCCUUCUGAUUCAAUCUAGAUACUGUAAAGUCCCUGAAAGCAAGAGUAGGUUCUCCCCAUCUCAUCUAUCCAGGGUGUGGACCUUAGUCUGAGCACUGCUGGGUAUUCUUACUGGAAUGCUGUGAAAUUCUCCAUUAAGGGAGAUACAAAAUUAGCUCAAAGCCUGGAAAGGAAUAAAGACAAACAGAUGAACAAUAAAUAUGUUUUAAGGACGUCUGAGAAAUGCGAACCAACGCACUACAGGAUUAUGAAGAAGAAAGGGUCAUUUUCUCACAACAGUGAUCAAGGAAGGCUGUUUACAAUUGAGAUUGUAAUGGCAAAAAAAAUAAAAGGAGCAGAACUUGUAAAAAAUAAUAGGAAGUGUGGGAUAUGGGCAGAUUCUGGCAGAAUUUUAUUCCAGCUAAUUCCCUGGACUGAUUAUCUCAUUUAUUUAGAGCACGGUGCUAAUGAGCAGCCCAUUGUUGUGAGUUAAAUCCUUAAGCAAGACAUUAAGCUUCCUAACCUAUUAACAUGGCCAUAAGCUGAAAUUGUAUAUUUGGCCAGCUCUUUUGCAAGGAUAUAUCAUUUGCUAGCAGCAGUAAAUCUGUGUUAAAUAGCAUGGAUGGCUUAGCCCAGCCUUAUACCAGAAUGGUGUAGGGAAAAGAACACUGAAUUUUGAGUCAGAAGACCUUAUUUUUGAAUCCUGGGUUUUCUACUUAAUAUUGUGUUACCUUAGGCAAGUGCUUUAACUUCCCUGGGAUUCAGUUUACUCAUCUAUAAAAUUAUGUCAGGCUACCCUUCUCAGAUUAAAUUUUUUAAUGAAUAAAGUAUAAUAUAUGGAACUAUAAAAGAAAUCAACUAUAUUGAAAUAAUUAUCAAAAUAUUUUUUGAAAACAAGUUCACAGACACUUGGUUAAAAACUUCUGGGUUAGUUAUCUAGCUCAGCUAGCUGUAAAUCCUAAAAUCUUCUGACCAUUUAGGAAGAAGAGGGCUGGGGGAGAGGGAAUGCUUGUUUUAAGUGUCAUAUGUCUUUAUAUAAAAAGCUGUUCACUUUUUAUUAAACUUUCAAA